AUGAACAUUUAUGACGGUGGGAGUAUUGAGCACAUUGCCUACUGCAUAGACUACCGUUUAACCUGUGACAAGCGCUAUAACUGCCCUCUUGAUAUGGCACUGGCAACUGCGACGGGUCCAUACACCUUUAAGCCUCGGCGUCCUGCAGUGGACGAGAGAACUAAUGAGAUUGUGUGCUUUUCCCCCUCUGUGAACUGGCUACUCUGUGCUAUCAUAGUCUUUACAGGACUUAACGCCAUCCUCCUAAUAGCGAUUGUCUACCUUGGAAUCCUCCGCAGAUUUGCACCAAGACGCUUCUUCCGUCUGCAAGCCCAUUUCCUUCGGUUUUGCUGUUGUUGCCUGCCUCGUCGCUGGCGCGCAGGCCUGGCUGGGAACGCAAGCUUCUUCCGACCACCCAAUCGCAGAACGUCAAUAAGCAGCACUAACUCUGACAUCCCCUGCAGUCCGCCCACAUAUGAUAGCGUCGUAAACGCGAUGGAGGCACCGCGCCAUGCCAAAACCUGGACCUUUUGGCGUCGCAAAGAAGAACGGUGUGGGUUUGCAGAGUCUGCACAUCACCUGCCCCCCUCAUAUGUGGAGGCCUCCGAGGAGAUUGGAGUCUAUCCCGAGCGAGUACUUGAAAAGAUGCGGAGCUUUCGUAUUGCAUCAGCGUCAGCAAGACGACGGCGGAGACAGCUUUCGCCCGGCAUUAAGCGUACAUGGCCACGACAGCCACAGUCCGCCUACACCGUCAGCCUCCGCGGCGAACUGCGUGCGCUGAUUCGACGCGGGUUCUUGAGGACACGUGUUUUGAUCAGUUCCGGGUUUCGGGUUUUCUGGGGUCUACCAAGCCGACGACGGAAUCAUAGGGUGGUUAUGCCGGAGCAGCCAACACCGCAAGCAGCCCCCACGCUGCCCAGUUAUCGUGACCUCUUGAGUGGGGACUUACCAGGUCAGUUCCAGCCUCCGCGGCCAGGAAAUUCGCGAACCCUGGCCGACGAAGAAUCUGAGAGAAGGAAUACCUGA